AUGCCAACUCUUUCUCCCAUCUCUUCAACCGCUGUGGCCUUGACUGUCCUCUCCGGUUGUUGUGUUGUUGCUAGGUUGUUCUCUCGCCUGGCCUUUGUGAAACACGUUGGUAUAGAUGACUGUUUAAUCGCAAUUGCUUGGAGUGCUUCACUUGGACUUGCAGUCGUCAUUGCCCAAUGUAAGUACUCAUCACUACGCAAGAGAAUAAUAGCUCACUGUCUUUUAGCAUCGACAGGCAAGGCGACACAGGUGGCUGAUAGUUUGGAAACGCUCUUACAGGAGUCAUGGUCUGCCAGUCUGACCUAUAAUCUUAGCGUCCUUUUCCUGAAAGAUUCACUGCUUCUGCAAUACCUUCGCUUCUCUAUCGAUAGAGGUUAUCAACGCGCCUGCUGGGCACUAGGUAUCAUAGUCACCGCUUAUGGAGUCUCUGCUUUAUUUGUUGCCAUUUUCUCCUGUCAGCCGAUUUCAUUCAGCUGGGACAACAGCAUCGAAGGUGGUCGGUGUAUCAACUUUUUGACCUUCUGGUUGUUCAACGCUUCUUUCAAUUCGGCCACCGAUAUUAUAAUCUGCAUUCUGCCGAUUCCUGUUUUGAUGGCUCUCACUCUACCACGCAAGCAAGCCAUCAUCCUAACAUGUCUCUUCCUCCUUGGGCCAUUCGUUUGUGCAGCUUCCAUUGCUCGUUUGGUAGCACUAUAUACUGCGACUUUGAAUAACGUGAACGAUCCAAAAGUCUUAUUGUGGUCCACCAUUGAAGUCAAUGUUGGCAUCAUAUGUGCAUGCAUCCCAUCUCUUCGACAUCCUGUGACACAGCUAGCACCGAGAAUAUUCGCCCACAGACGGAAACCAAGCUAUGGCUCAAUAGCACAAUCACAAACCAGUAUCACCUUCGAGACAAAGCACUCCGGCCGAUACUCUCGUUUCCUGGCCAUCCAACAAGACAGCCUUCCCGAUGAGGCUUCCCUCUCUCAUAACACCAAUGUCAUUGAUUUCUCCUACUUUGGUCUCGACAGGACCAAUGAUGAUAAUGAAAAUAAUGUAUCACCCACCGGCAGCAAUUUACCCACGCCGGGCACUCCAACCUCGCUCAUGUUCGACAUGGAAUCACAGAGUCCAGUCGACACGAUGACCGGCAUGACUCAUAAACCAACCCAAGGCAGAAACAAGCCACUUCCCCAGCUUCCAGUCCCAAUCAUGCCUGCCCCUGUCGCCAGACCGGCCGGCCCUCGAACCCCGCAAACUAAUUCCAAAGUGUUUGCAAUGCGGAGCCACAAAGUCAGAUAUGAGCCAAGAACUAUUCUUCCUUUGGCAUGUAUUCCAGAAUCACAUAGCCCUGUAUCUGCCACUCGGGGAUGUAGCCAAAUAGGACAACCUAACAGCAGUCUGGAUUCCACUACGGAUCAAGAUGAGAGUCGCAUUGACCGCCGCGAGCGGGCAUGUCGGACAUUAGCACCCAAAGUCCCACCUUACGUGGACCCUACCAUCGCUGUGAGCACAGGCGGCAGCAGUACUACCUAUGGGAACAUCGCACCCUGGGAUGCUUGUCCCUGUCCAGGUAGCAAGACAUAUAGCUAUGAGAUUCUUGGCGGGCCAAGAGCACUUGAUAGCAGUGGUACCAGGUCGACGAGUCGGCGGGAGAAGGCUCGACGGGAAAAGGUGCGGAACGAACGUAUGAAGAGGGCCGAACAGGAGAGGAAAGAUCGUGAGAACAGAAGUCGCCCUAACGGACCACGAGAAAUGGGUUGA